AGAAUUUCCGGUCAUGUGACUUAACAUGGCGCUCUACAGUAGCUUCAAUAUGUCAAUGCUGCUCAUGCAAUAAGAAGACUCACAAUUUCAGGUCGAAAUAUGAAACAUUUUUUCAGGCUGAGGUCCUCGUUGGCCCGGUUCAGUGUGCGUUGUUGUCAUCAGAGUGUAUGGAGCAGUCAUGGGACUUUACGAAAAGUUGGAGUGGAUUUGGGGGAAAGAAAGCUUGAGAUAUCUACGGGGAAGCUUGCUAGAUUUGCGGACGGCUCUGCAGUUGUACAGCUUGGGGACACCUCUGUCAUGGUCACCGCUGUUAGCAGAACACAGCCUUCUCCCUCUCAGUUCAUGCCACUUGUUGUGGACUACAGACAGAAAGCUGCUGCAGCAGGAAGAAUACCAACCAACUACCUUCGCCGAGAGUUGGGUACUACAGAUAAUGAAAUUCUGACCAGUAGACUCAUAGAUCGGUCAAUAAGGCCUCUCUUCCCUGCAGGAUAUUUUUAUGACACACAAGUGCUUUGUAACCUGUUGGCAGUUGACGGAGUCAAUAAUCCAGAUGUGCUUGCCAUCAAUGGAGCAUCUGCUGCUCUGGCCCUGUCAGACAUCCCUUGGAAUGGCCCAAUAGGUGCUGUUAGGGUGGGUCUUAUUGAUGGGGAGGUAAUUGUGAAUCCGACACGGAAAGAAAUGUCUGAAAGCACUUUGGACCUGGUGGUGGCAGGAGCAGCACACAGUCAAGUGGUGAUGAUGGAGGCCUCGGCAGAGAACAUUCUUCAGCAAGAUUUCUGCCACGCUAUAAAGGUUGGCGUCAAGCACAUACAGCAGAUCAUCCUGGCUAUUCAGCAGCUGGCCAGAGAGCAGAAAGUGGUCAAACGGACACCUCAAAAACUUUUCACUGCCCCCCCAGAGAUGGUGGAUGAAGUGCGGCGACUGGCUGGUGAAAAGAUCUACAGAGUUUUUACCAACUCUACCUAUGAUAAAAUUUCCAGAGAUGAUGCUGUAAAGAAAAUAAGAUUUGUGACAGAAGAGCAAAUUAAAGAAAAGUAUCGUCAGGCAGAGCCUUUUGAAGUUAUAGAGUCAUUCAAUGUGGUUACUAAGGAAGUAUUGCGAAACCUAACGCUCAAUGAGUACAGAAGGUGUGAUGGUAGAAGCUUGACUUCACUAAGGGAUAUUUCUUGUGAUGUGGACAUUUUCAAGCCUUUACAUGGCUCAGCACUUUUCCAAAGAGGACAGACCCAGGUUCUUUGCGCUGUUACUUUUGACUCCCUAGAGUCCAGUGUCAAAACAGACUUAAUUACUACAGCUUUAAGUGGCAUCAAAGACAAGAAUUUCAUGCUUCACUAUGAAUUCCCACCAUAUGCAACAAAUGAGAUUGGAAGAGUGGGUGGGAUGAACCGAAGGGAGCUGGGCCACGGAGCUCUGGCAGAGAAAGGUUUGAGAUCCAUCAUCCCCAAAGACUUUCCCUUCACAAUUCGUGUCACAUCAGAAGUGCUGGAAUCCAAUGGAUCUUCAUCCAUGGCAUCAGUAUGCGGAGGCAGUCUGGCUCUGAUGGAUGCUGGUGUGCCAAUAUCAUCAGCUGUGGCUGGUGUGGCAGUUGGCUUGAUUUCCAAGCCAGAUCCGGAGAAACCAUCUGAGAUCCAGGAUUAUAGGUUACUGACAGAUAUUCUGGGAAUUGAGGAUUACUAUGGUGAUAUGGACUUCAAAAUGGCAGGGACGAGUAAAGGCAUCAGUGCCUUACAGGCCGAUAUCAAGAUAUCUGGGCUGCCUCUGAAAAUAGUAAUGGAGGCUAUUCAGCAGGCCACAGUGGCCAGAAAGGAGAUUUUGACCAUCAUGAACCGGACUAUCGCCAAGCCAAGAGCCUCAAGGAAGGAAAAUGGGCCUGUUGUUGAAAAUGUCCGUGUGCCUGUCUCAAAGAGAGCCCGUUUUGUGGGACCAGGUGGCUACAAUUUGCGUAGGAUUCAAGCUCAGACAGGUGUGACAAUAAGCCAACUAGAUGAGGAGACCUUCUGUGUGUUUGCACCUACACCUGGAGCCAUGAGUGAAGCCCAGGAGUUUAUCGUCGAGGUUUGCAAGGAUGAUCAAGAUCACCAACUUGAAUUUGGCGCUAUUUAUACAGCAACCAUCACUGAAAUAAGGGACAUUGGAGUUAUGGUAAAGCUUUAUCCCAAUAUGAGCCCUGUGCUUCUGCAUAACUCUCAGUUGGACCAUAAGCGGAUUAAACACCCCAGUGCCCUUGGUUUUGAAGUUGGACAGCAGAUCCAAGUGAAAUUCUUUGGACGUGACCCAACAGAUGGGAGGAUGAGACUUUCUCGGAAGGUGCUCCAGUCUCCAGCCGCAUCAGUGGUGAAAACACUGAAUGACAAACACAGCAUCACCAUGGGGACAGGGAAUGAUCAAAUUCCCAGUGCCUCUUGAUUUAAAUUGACUCCAAUUCUGUCAUAAAUUCUGUCAUAAACUUCUUUUUAUUGUGCCUGUAUUUUCCAUGUCUGUAGUAAUGAAUCACCUGUGUAAAUAAACAUAACAGUGCCCAACUGUUCCGUUACAUUUGUU